GGAAAUACACUGCUUCAGCAGAGCCUCUCUCCAAUUCAGUGUGCUCAGCCCUGAGCAGGGGAAACACUUCUGCCUCCCUGCCCAGCCCCCAGUUACUCCUUUGAAGGAAACUUGGGAGAUACUAGGGACUGGUGAGGAGGUGCUGCUUGGAUCAGGCAUGAGGGGCUUUGAAAUCCUUUGAGAUAAAGGAAGAUUUUAUUUCCAUUUCCUGGUUUUUACCUCUCAUUUAAGCCUUGUUUGCAGAGCGGGGAGGAAGUUGAAUGAACAGCUGGGCAGCUGGAUAUCAGGCGUUUGUGGAGUAUGGGUACAACUGCCAGCGCAGCUCAACAGCCGGCCCCCACAGUGCCCCCUAGUGAUAGCCUCCAAGGAAAUGGCAGUGCAAGUUCAAGUACAGAAGACAGGAAUUCUCUUAGCAUUCACUCUUUUCAGACAGUGAGCAUUCACAACAAGGCCAAAUCCAUAAUCACCAAUAAGGUGGCUCCAGUUGUAAUUUCAUACAAUUGUAAAGAAGAAUUCCAAAUUCAUGAUGAUUUGCUUAAAGCCAAUUAUUCUGUUGGGAGGAUUUCUGAGACCAUGCCAGAACAUUAUCUUGUACAGGGUAAAUAUUUUAUGGUACGGGAUGUGUACAGCAAGUUAGAUGUUCUAAAGACUACAAGUAGUUUUGGUGCACCAAAUUUCCGCCAAGCAACAGGAGGAUAUGAAGUGUAUGGAAUGGGUCAACCCAGCCUAAAUGGCUUCAAACAAGUACUACAGAAGCUCCAGAAUGAUGGGCAUAAGGAAUGCAUGUUUGUCUGUGUCCGUGAAGAGCCCGUGGUGUUUCUGAGAUUGGAAAGUGACUUUGUGCCUUAUACUCCCAGAAGGAAGGAGAAUUUGCAUGAAAAUUUACACAACCUGGAAAAAAGACUCCGUGUAGAGAAUUUGGAACUUGCUAUUCGUAAAGAGCUUUAUGACUUUGCUCAAUUGAGUGGGAACAGCUAUUUUGUAUAUAAUGACAUUGAACAUUUUAAGGAUGAGCCUCACUCUGUCAAGGUUGAGUGUGAAGAAGAUGUACACGUGACAGAGGAAGUGUAUAGCAGGCCUGUUUUCUUACUGCCCUCUUACAGAUAUCAUCGUUUGCCCCUACCAGUAGAUGGUGCUCCUCUGGAAUCACAGUUUGAUGCUUUUGUAAACUUUCUCAGGGAAAACCCUUGCCUCCUGCUACUUCAUGAUACCAGCUGUGCACCACCUGCUUUGCUUUUCAGUUGCCAGACAGGAGUUGGGAGGACGAAUUUAGCCAUGAUUCUGGGAACAUUAGUUCUGUAUCACCGAAAGGGUUCAACUGAAAAACAGAUGAUCAACCAGAGCACCAAUGACUUGCCAAAAGAACGUUUUCAGGUGAUACAAAACUUCAUCAAUAUGGUACCAAAUGGAGAACAAAUAGUUGAAGAGGUGGACCAUGCUAUUUCCUUGUGUUCAGAAAUGCAUGAUAUCAAGUCAGCUAUAUAUGAAUGCAAGAAGAAGUUGGAGGGCAUUGGUGAGGACUACCAAAUUCAGGGAAGUAGUACCAAAGAAUAUUUCCUCCGAGGAACCCUCAAUAGCCUUGAGCGCUACUUUUACCUUAUAGCUUUCAACUUCUACCUUCACGAGCAGUAUCCCUUGGCUUUUGCACUGAGUUUUAGUCGAUGGAUGUGUGUACAUCCUUGGAUUUACAGGCUUCAAGCUGCCAUGAAUUUGUCUGAACUCACUUUAUCUGGGGAGCUAAUAACCAAAGGAACACGGGUAUUGAUAUUGGAUGAACGGUUUUCACCUGAUGUUUUGAGCACUGUAAAGGAAAUGAGUGUAGCUAACUUUCGAAGGGUACCCAAGAUGGCUAUUUAUGGUACCGCUCAACCAAACUCAAAGGCCAUGGGUUGUGUUCUGAACUACUUGACUGAUGCAAAGAGGAAAUACUCCAAUAUUCUGUGGGUGAACCUACGAGAAGAUGUGGUGCUGGAAGGCAAUGAACAAAUAUACACUCCAAGGGAGCAGGACAACUUGGAACAACCUAUUGCUGUACCUGUCAAUACAUCAGAACAGUUGGAGAAAUUAGAAGCCACGAUAACAAAUCAUAUUCUGACUUCCCAAAAAUGGUUGGAAGUUUACCUUGAACAGGAGAAGCAAAUGAAGAUGUUCAAAACAUGUAAAACAAUGCAGGAAAUUUUCAACCACCAAAGAAGCACAUAUCCCGGACUGGUGUAUAAAAGAAUCCCCAUUCCUGACUUCUGCGCUCCCAGGGAACAGGAUUUUGACAUGAUUCUUAAGGCUAUGAAGAACAUCCUUGCUGAGGACUCUAAUUCAGCUUUUGUAUUCAACUGUCAUGGCGGCAGAGGGAGGACUACGACUGCAAUGGUCAUUGCUUUACUGAUACUCUGGCACUUCAAUAGCAUUCCUGAAAUUAGUGAGGAUGAAAUUGUAAGUGUUCCAGAUGCCAAAUAUACCAAAGGAGAAUUUGAGGUAGUGAUGAAGAUUGUUCAGUUGCUGCCAGAUGGACACAAAAUUAAGAAAGAAGUUGAUAUGGCACUUGACACUGUUAGUGAAACCAUGACUCCUAUGCAUUAUCACUUACGAGAGAUCAUCAUUUCCACUUACCGUCAGAUUAAAACAGCAAAAAAUGUGAAGGAAAUGCAGUUACUUCAGCUGCGGAGUCUGCAGUCUUUGGAGAGAUAUAUUUACCUGAUCCUCUUUAAUGCUUACCUUCACUUGGAGAAGAAGGACAGAUGGCAGAGACCCUUUAGCAAGUGGAUGUAUGAGGUGGCAUCCAAAGCUGGAGUUUAUGAAGUGCUCAAUCAACUGGGCUUCAGUGAAUUUGAGAAUUUGGAAGAUCAGCCUUUGUCUCGCCUGCGCUAUCGUUGGCAACAGCAAAAUUUAAACUCGCUUCCCUUCCGAGGAGAAUUUAUUUAGGACUAUAAGACCUUUUCAGCUUUAUCUUGGUAGAUCUCCUUUUAUUUGGAUCCUUUGAAAAAGACCUUAAAAGCAUGCAAAAAUGUGUAUUUGUUUUAGGGGUCACAGAAAUCCCAAAAAUGUAAAAAAAAAUAUGUAAUUGGAGGAAGUACAGUCAUUGAUCUGUAUGAUCCAACAGAGACUGAUUAACCACAUGGUCCAACUAUCAUUUGGUUUUCAUUUGUCAUUGACUAUGCGUAAGUUAUGUUUUCUCCUACGACCAGUAUAUCCAAUAGUUUGACCUGCAUGGAAGGGCUAUAGUUGGCUAUGUGGUUAUAUACUUAAUGCUCAGGAUCUUUCUAUUAUUACUACUAUUGUGUUAAUAUUUCAUAAGAAGUAAGAUUACAUUGGGGAAAAAAACAUGUACUAGAUGACACACAUGCUGCCAAACUGUAGCAGAAAUGGACAGAGAAGAUAUGUAUAAAAUGUUGGGUUUUGAUU